AUGGUCGCACUGGCCGCGGAUGGAGCUACUCUGGUUGUGAUUCGCGAAACCAACUACGGGUUCAGCACGUGCAAGCGCCAGAGCACACCCGCAGGAGUGAACGAGGCAGCCAUUCGGUUUCGCCCGGAGCUGCUGGCGCUGGCAGCAAACAUCUCGGCGUCCAUGAAUGGCGGCGACUUUGACGCCGUGCAUGUCAGGCGCGGGGACAAGCUGCGCCCAGAGUUCUGGCCCCACCUCGACCGCGACACACGCCCCGACGCUUUGCUGGAGAAGCUUCCCAGGUUCGUUGCACCUGGACGCACUCUGUACAUUGCGACCAAUGAAAAAACGCCAGGGUUCUUUGACCCGUUGAAGGCAAUCUACACCAUUCGGAUGUUUCAAGAUUUUCAUUAUCUCUGGGCUCCUGGCACACCCUGGUAUGAUGGGUACACACGUCUGCUUGGCCCGGACCCCAAAAUGGAUGCAUACAUGGAGGUUAUUAUAGAAUAUACGAUUCUUCAAAGUGCAGGAGUAACUGUGGAGACCUUUAAUGACCUUACGGAUGACGAUAUUGCCGGAAAUGUGUAA